AUGGCUUUCGACGAUAAAGAGAAAUACACGACUGAUGUGUCGCCACCAUCACCUGCUGAUGGCGACAUCGAGGUUGGCCAGUCUGGACAAUUGAAGAGACAAUUGAAGGGUAGACAUAUGCAAAUGAUCGCAAUCGGUGGUUCUAUUGGAGCCGGUUUGUUCGUUGGUUCAGGUUCUGCUCUUCACUCCGGUGGUCCAGCCUCGUUGGUUAUCGAUUUCAUCAUCAUCGGUAUCAUGUUGUUGCUUACUGUUAAUGCUUUGGGAGAACUUGCUGCUAUCUAUCCCGUUGAAGGUUCCUUCUAUAAUUACUCCGUUAGAUUUAUUGAUCCAGGUUGGGGAUUCGCAAUGGGAUGGAACUAUGUUUUGAAUUGGCUCAUCAUUCUCCCCUUCGAAUUAACAGCUGCCGGUAUUACAAUUGGAUUUUGGACCGACCCAGAUAAUUCUGGCAAUCCGUCAGUGAAUGUUGGAGUUUGGAUUACUAUUUUCCUCGUCAUGGUUACCAUUAUCAACCUCUUCGGUGUCAAAGGGUAUGGAGAAGUGGAAUUUGUUCUCGGUUUGAUCAAAGUGAUUGCUAUUAUUGGCUUUAUCAUUCUUGGUAUAAUCAUUGAUUGUGGUGGUGUCCCAACCGAUAACCGUGGUUACAUUGGCGCCAAAUACUGGGGAACCCCUGGAGCUUUCCGCAAUGGCUUCAAGGGAUUCUGUUCAGUCUUUGUUACUGCCUCCUUCGCCUUUGGUGGAACCGAACUCGUCGGUUUAGCCGCCGCAGAAGCCGAUAAUCCACGAAAAUCGAUUCCUAAAGCCACCAAGCAAGUUUUCUGGCGUAUCUCCCUCUUCUACGUCAUUUCACUCUUCCUCCUCGGGCUUAUCGUCCCAUCCGACAACGAGAUUCUCUCAAAAGCCUCUGGUGGUCACACAGCCUAUUCUCCCUUUGUCCUUGCUUUCCGUUUGGCAGGAAUCAAAGUACUCCCCUCUAUCUUCAAUGCCGUCAUCACUCUCUCUGUUAUCUCGGUCGCCAACUCCUGCACUUUCGCCUCUACCCGUACCAUUCAAGCUCUCUGUGCCAAAGGUAUGGGUCCAUCCUGGGGUGCAAAGGUCGAUAAACAUGGCCGCCCAAUGAUUGCCAUUGCCAUUGCACUCGCUUUCGGUUUCCUCGCCUACGUAAAUCUCGCUCCUCAAGGCUCCACCAUCUUCACAUGGCUCCUUUCUAUCUCUGGUCUUUCCAAUUUCUUCACCUGGGGCUCUAUCUGCUAUGCUCACAUUCGUUUCCGUAAGGUAUGGACUAUGAAUGGUCGCACAAAGGACGAUCUUCCAUUCGCAGCUAUGUUUGGUACAACCGGAUCAUGGAUUGGUCUUGGCCUUGUUAUCCUAUGUCUUGUCGCCCAAUUCUACGUCGCGCUUUUCCCGAUUGGCGGAAAACCAGAUGUAGAAGCUUUCUUUGAAGCUUACCUCGCUGCUCCAAUUGUUAUCCUCUUCUUCGUUGGAUACAAAGUAUUUUACAGACAAUGGUCUUUUGGUGUGAACCUUGAUCAGAUCAAUGUUGAUGAGGGCAGACGUGAAAUGGACUUGGUAGCGUUCAGAGAGGAACUAGAUGAAGAGAGAAGAGUCAAGGCAGCUUGGCCUUGGUGGAAAAGACAGUGGGAUUUCUGGAUGUAG